AUGUUAACUGCUGACACACCAGCAAAAUCAUUUAUUUUAAAUGUUAAAGGGCAUAGUGGGUAUUACAGCUGCACUAAAUGUUGUAUUGAAGGAGAAUAUCAUAAAGGAGUAUGUUUUCCUCCAAUAGUGGCUAAACUUCGAAAUGAUAAUGAUUUUCGAAAUUAUUCUGAUGAAGAAUAUCAUUUAGGUGAAUGUCCUUUAAUUAACAUUCCAAAUUUUGAUCUAGUUGCACAAGUUCCAUUAGAUUAUAUGCACCUCGUAUGUCUAGGUGUAGUAAAAAAACUAUUUAAACUAUGGACAACUGAUCAUUUGAGUGUUAGACUUCAGGUUAGAAAAUUAUGUCUUAUUUCUGAUAGGCUUUUAAAACAUGUAAGUGUGUUUGUGCCUCUAGAAUUUCAAAGAAAGCCUCGAUCAUUAAUGGUUUAUAAACAAUGGAAAGCUACAGAAUUUAGACAAUUUCUCCUUUAUAGUGGCCCUGUUGUUCUAAAAGAUGUUGUUUCUAUAGAUGUUUAUAAUCAUUUUUUAUCACUGCAUGUAGCUAUAUCUAUUUUAGCAUCCAAUGAAUUACAUUUAAAACUUAUAAACUAUGCUGAGGAGUUAUUAAGACACUUUGUAAUUUCUUUUGAAGUUUUAUAUGGUAUUCAUAAUUCAUCUCAUAAUAUUCAUGGACUCUUACACCUGGCAGAUGAUGUUAAAUAUCAUGGAACACUUGACGAAUUUAGUGCUUUCAAAUUCGAAAAUUUUAUGCAGCAACUGAAAAAAAUGAUACAAACUACAAACAGAGUAGUUUUAGUCCAAUGA